AUGCGCCGUAGCUGUAGAUUUUAUGCUGUAGGUUUUAUGCAAGCAUUCUUUGAGAACCUAUUGAAUCCAAGCAUGGACACCCAGGUGAAGCUUGCUGUGGUGAAGGUGAUGGGCAGGACCGGCUCCAGGGGUCAGGUGACCCAGGUCAGAGUGAAGUUCUUGGAUGACCAGAACCGUCUCAUCAUGAGGAAUGUCAAGGGCCCGGUUCGUGAGGGUGACAUCCUCACCCUUCUUGAGUCUGAGAGGGAGGCCAGGAGGCUGCGCUGA